AUGUCUGAGCAGAAAUCCUCUCCUGAUGGGACUGAUCUGAGAGCUCUUCUCAAAUGGCAUCGCACCGAAAUUGCUGUAGCUGUCACCGACCUUUUCCCUCUGCUGCACAGCAUGAUAGACAGAGACCUUGUACCCGAAGACAGGUUCCAGGAGACACAGCGUGCCGGGGAAGGAAUUGGAGCUCAGAAAGCCUCCCACGCUCUUCUUACCUGGCUUCUCAGUUGUGACAUUCACUGUGUCCGUGGCUUUUGGUCCCUCUUAUCCACAGACUAUAUUUUAAAGAGCUACCCUCGGCUAUCAGGAAUUCACAAAGCUCUUCAGAUUGCUGCUGCUAGCGUAUCCCAGCGCAAGGCUCGGCGCUGUACACCUGCCGCCAAACACUCAGACUAUCAAAAAAAGCCACUGGCAAAAAGAAAAGCUGUUGGAGAAAAGGACACUGGAUCCACUGUAAACCUUUCUGGCACUGGACCCCCAGCCAAAAUGAAGCCACCUCGGAAAACAGAGAAGUUGGGGUCAUCACUGUUGUCACAAAAGCAAUCUGCUCAGAAAGCUCCAACUUCAGUGGGGAACAGUGAACAUAGUGAUGAGAAGCCUGUGAUCUGUACCAUCAGCAAGCCAUUAGUGAAAGACAGGAAGACCAGCACAGACAGGUCCAAACAGAAGGAAACUGAGCUGGGAAGUGCAGAGCAGGACUGUAUCCAGCCCAUCAAGCUGACUCUGCGCCCAAAGCUGUACUGUAGUCAGCCUGGCAUCAUGACUGCUGCUUUUACUGCUCCUGAAUUAUCACACCAUCAGAGUAACGAUGAUGAGUGCUCAGUCUGUAGGGAUGGUGGGGAGUUAAUAUGCUGUGAUGGAUGUCCACGUUCUUUUCACCUAUCAUGUUUGGUGCCCCCACUUACCCACAUACCAAGUGGUACAUGGAGAUGUGACUCUUGCAAUACAGGAGGACCAAACAUGGCUGAAUGUGGGGACAAUACCAGCGGAGAAGCUACGGUACUAUCUGAACCUCCAGAGAAUGCUCCUCAAAAUAGCAGCAAAGUUCGGGAGGUCCACCCAGAGAACUGUGGGUCUGUGAGUGCAAUACAGAGUGCACAGUUUUGUUCUGAUCACCACCAUCAACCAACACCCCAGGCUAAGACUUGCCACACACCCCAAACUUACUCACAGUCACAUGGAGAGAGCUCCCACCCUCUUCUGCCUAAGCCCCAGAAUGUGCCUCACCUGUUGUCACACACGCGUUCUUCUGAAACACCUGUGCAGCAGAUAUGCCCACAACACUCACUUGGGCCACAGGCUAAGAGCUCCCCAAAAAAUCAGACUGUUGCACAUCUCAUCCAACCUCCACAUUACACUACACAUGCUUCUCACAUUCUCCUUCCAAACACUUCGCAGUCACAGUUGCCCCAGGCUGGGGUCAGUCUUACACAAAAAAUAUUGACCACUACAGGUCACCACCAUGAAGCCAGUGCUGUACCUCAGUGUGAGAGGCCUCCUCUGUUGGUACCCAGAACAGAUCCCUGUCCCACAGGAUCAUUAGCUCGAGGAGAGAUUAAGCCAAGCUCCGGAGUAUUGCAGACAGAGGCAAUGACUGAAGCAAUUGGAAGCAACCUGACAUUGAGCCGACAAGAACUGGAAAGUCUUAUUACUGAGAGCUCAUUUGAUUGCUUCUUACAGUGGGCAUUCCAGAAUAUGACUAGGUCCGUGACAUGAGUCAUCAUCCCCUCAGUUCUGCUGCAGUUACACUGAUCUCUUAUUAUGCAUUCUGCUUUUAAAUGAAUUUUAUAUCAAUGAAAGAAAGAUGAUGAAACCCUUCCAAUAAAAUACUUCAAAUAAAUAAAGAAAUAAGUCAUCAGUUUGUCGCUGUCCUUUAGAUUAAGGGCCUGUUUCAGAUGUGGACAAAGUUACUAUCGCUGCUGCUUACAUGGAAGCAGCAGCAAUAACAGGAUGCGGCGGGGAUACCGGCAGAUGGGGUCCCGACGCAUGGCCACAAUGCUGACGCCGCAAUCUCGACUGCUGGCAACCCAAACAUAAGUAUGCCGGAGAUUCUUAGGUUUCAGCCAUGGGGGAUAGGUUAGGUUUAGGCACCCGCUGGGUGGGUUA